UGGCAAGGGUCGUUACUGUUUUAGUUUUGUGAAUUUUUUUAUUCUUUUUUUUUGAAGAGUGUUAAGUGUUUAACAAUGAUUGUGCUUGCGUUCUGUUUAGCGGGAUUGCUACCAUACGUUAUCGGCGAAAGUUGUUUCUACCACCGAUGCCUCGGCUGCAACCCUGAGCAGAUGAUGAUCGGUCACGGCAGCCCCGUGGAGUGUCACCCAUCCAACUGGGUGUCCCCACAAUGGUUACACACCUUCGGACAAGGAUACCAACCGCCCAGCACUGACUCUAGGAUACCUAUAGAGUACCGCUGUCUAAAACUGGUGGCGACGCCUGAUGAUAAGACUUUUGGCAACACAAUAGAUGUUCUCCGUGGCUGUGUACCGAGAGCUCAGGCUGACAUUCUGUGUCUCGGCCUGGAGAGUGUCCAGCGAGCUCGCGGACACAGCGACGCGCGCUGCUUCAUAUGCAAAGGAAACAACUGCAACGCCGCCCCACAAACACACUCCCUCCCACUUAAAGUCGCCUUCAUUUCCUUCCUCACUUACUUAGUUAUAAGAUAGAAAAAACAAAGCAAAUUAAAAAUUUAAUUUAAUGACAUAGAUUAGUUUUCAUAAUAAUUUCG